GCAGGAAAAGGGCGAGCAGCGCCGCCGGACGGGGCGGAGCGCGGGAGCGGCUGGGGUGCUGCUGCUGCUGCUGGGCGGCAGCCCCGGGCUUGGGCGGCCGGACAGACGCUCAGCACGCGCGAAAGGAGCCGCCAGGGCGAGGGACAGACGCGCCCUGUGCUUAGUGUCCCGGGGCGGUGUUAGCAAAGCCAGGUAAGGAGAAAGAGGACGGUGCCUGCCCCUUUAAGAUCGACUCCUGUCCUUCUGGGAGGGAAAUAAUGUUGUCACAAGCACCUUUGGAACUUACCCUGUUUAGUCUUCUUUCCUUACCAGUUAAUACCUGCACAGGGUCCGCCACAUAAUCACGUAUUCAUAACCGAAGCUCCGCUGGGGCUGGGAUGGGAGGGGGAGGCGUCGGUCUGGAUGGCAUGGUGUCCAAAAGCAAAAUCAUCUCGUUUGCUCUGCUUUGUUUUUAAACUUUAGGCUUGUGCGCUUCAAGGACUGACUCGAAUACUUCCUAACAGAACUAGUCCGGUGAGAAGUCAGGCUGUUAGAGACCCUGGGAUCCCGAGGGCGUAAACCCACUGAAAAUUUAUCCUGAGUUCACAGACUGAAUUCACAAAAAUGGCCUGACAGGCAUUUUUGAUCUGCCUUGUGUUUUGAUAUUUUAAUUAAUUGCCGGCGUUUAAAAUUGGAGUUUAUAUGUAAAUAUAUGGAUUACUUUGAGAUAUUGGACGAUCUGGCUGCAUGUUCCUGCCUGGCAGCAGUUUCCUGGCCCCUUUGGACUGUCUAGAAACAGUCUUCAGUUUGCCACACCCGCUCUGUAUCUAUAACCAGCUUGCAUCUCUCAUUUAUCACCAGUCUGGCUGUUGGUAGGCAUUUAAGUUCUAUAAAUGCUUGGGGGGAUGUAAGACUAAAACGUUUAUGUAGAUCAGAUCAGAGAUCCCAAACAACUGGUGUGUGGUUUGUGUCACAACCGCAUUUCCUCAUCCCUACUUAAUCAAGGUGUUUUUCUAUUGGAACAAGCCAUUUCAGCCCAGACUUGGUAGGCAUGAAUCAUCAGAGAUAUUUACAGAAAGAGAUCUGGGAGUUUGCCGGGGUCCAGCCCCAGCCGGAACAGGGUCUCCUGAGGGAUGGACGGCGCCGGCGAAGGAGGAGGCAGUGAGACAAGGAGUUUGGUGUCCAAGUCUGACUUUAUUUUGUAUAUGCAUGAUUUAUAUAGGGCUCAGGAUAUGCAAGGGUGAUUUCAUGGGACAGUCCCAGUACAUAUUUUUGGCUCGCGUAAGCGGGUUUUUGUAAAGUAGACGAUAGUCCUAAGAGCAAUUGAUUGCAAGGUAGACAAUAGUCCUAAGAGCAAUUGAUUGUGUGUAGGCCCCGGGGGAGUCAAGCUUCUGUAAUUCUUUACUUCAAGGAGGCCACCCCCAGCGGCCUCCUGACUCAAUGGGCCGUGGCAACCACCGUCCUCCCAGAGAGAUCUGUGGGGGCUGCAGAUUUCUUUGUUCCCUCUCCACUCCCAUCGCUCCACCCGACCAAAGGACGGAUCAGAAUGUUCUUUCCCUAGAAGAUGUUUUUCCCCAGAACUUUCCCUAGAAUAUUGCAUUGUAUCAUUCUCAUUCCCAGGGCCGGGCUGACUUCCCCUGAAAUAACCCCAGGUGCAGAACAGAGUGAGCAGAAGCAGGAAAGUCAAAAGUACCAGGGAGACUUAUUGCAGGGGCAGCCUGGUAGAUUCCCUUGAGGGUCGCCGUGCGUCCCCUCAUCUCUCUCCCGGACCGUGUCACAAGGCAGAGGCUUAGUUUGUAGCCUGACGGCUCCCAGCAGGAGUUGAUAUUCUUUUAUUACAAAUAAACCCAUAAAGUUUUUUUUUUUAUUAAGGGAAAAAUCUGAACCUUGAUUGCAUUGUUUUAUGCUACAACAAGCUUUAUUGAAAUAGAUAGUAGUCAGUAUAAUUUGUAUACCUCUGCCCACAGGCAAUUAUAGUUUGUUAACCUCCACACCUCCUGGCUAGACUUCAUAAAGGCAAGAACAUAAAGGCAAGAACUGUGUGUGCUUUGUUAAUUGCUCUCUCCCACCCCUGGAGUCUAAGCUUCCUGAAGAGGGGGACUUUUAUUUAUUUUAUUUACAGUUGCCAACUACAAUGCCUCCUUCAAGGUAAGUGACAUUAAAUGUAUGAAAGAACUUUAAAGGCAUACCUGUUUUCUUUAAUAGGCAUUGUUCCUGAGGAUUUCUCUCAAAAUCAAAUGCUUGUGUAUUUGUUGUUCUAAAUUAUUAAAAGGAUCCUGUUGUGAAAAGGCAGCCUUUUAAAAGAUUGGAUUUUCCUAAAUUGAUACACAACGCUUUCAUCUAAAAUGAAUUUGCGCUUGUGGAUCAUCUGCUACAGAGCUCACACUGCAAUAUUUUCUAUGUACUAGGAUUUGGAAGUGUCCGUGAACCCUGGAAUUUUCAGUAUUAUUUCUGUUGUCAGAGAUCCAGAGAUUCCACUUGAGAUCAAGUUGGCAGCCAGACUUUUAUUCUUUCCCCGUGAGGAGCGGCUCUUAUCAACAGCAACAUUGGCAGAACCUGUGUUUUGGAAAAGGCCUGAUGGCUUUGAGCCUAGGCUGGAGAGUAUUUGCCCCGUUCCCCAUGAGCCACUGUGGUGUCUCUCUGAAGGCUAUGAGAAGCAGUGGUCUUGCCUUGUCUCCCUGGGGCCGCUGCCCCUGGAGAGGGACUGGAAGCUUUUCGGACCCUGAGAUGAAAGCUUUCCUGGAGGAGAACACCGAAGUCACCAACAGGGGCAGCCUCACCCCUGAAAUUCAGUUGCGGCUUUUGACCCCUAGAUGCAAGUUCUGGUGGGAAAGAGCUGACCUGUGGCCCCACAGCAAUCCUUACUGGGCAAUCUACUGGCCCGGAGGCCAAGCCCUGUCUAGGUAUCUUUUGGAUAAUCCUGAUGUUGUCAGAGGAAAAUCUGUGUUAGAUCUUGGGAGUGGCUGUGGAGCUACAGCUAUUGCUGCUAAGAUGAGUGGGGCAUCAAGGAUCUUGGCCAAUGACAUUGACCCUAUUGCAGGAAUGGCUAUCACACUAAAUUGUGAAUUGAACCAACUGAAUCCUCUUCCCAUUUUAACCAAAAACAUUUUGGAUUUGGAACCAGAUAAGUGGGACCUUGUUGUGCUUGGGGAUAUGUUUUAUGAUGAAGACCUUGCAGAUGGUCUUUAUCAAUGGCUCAAGAAUUGCUUUUGGACACACAGAACUCGAGUACUGAUUGGUGACCCUGGGCGACCCCAGUUCAGCGGACACAGCAUUCAGCAUCAGCUGCGCAAGGUGGUAGAAUACUCACUUCCAGAGCCCACGAGGCGGGAAAACAAUGGACUGACAACAAGCACAGUGUGGGAUUUCCAGCCUUGAGGUGUGAAACUGCUUCCAAGGAUGGAUGUGGCAAUGUUUGGGUUUAACCCUAAAAGGCUCUCCAGCUUAAAGUGUGCAAUUCCUGUUAAAUGGCAGAUCUUGCUUCCAAAAUAUGAAGGUUUAAAGUUUUGUCAGCUUUUGUCAUGUAGCUAGUUCUGCAUUAUGCCAAAUAUACAAAUCUCUGUAAUUUUUUUCUUGUUUUACUGCUAUAGGAAUAUAAUUCUAGAAGGCAAUACCCCAUGGUAGCAACAGGGAAUUUAAGCAGUGGAGAGGAAUCAGAUGUUGUAGCAGAGCCUGUUUCUGCACUUGAGGACAACUAUAUGAUGCAUCUUUGAAUUAAACAAAAUAGAAAAUACUGAAGAAUACUAUAUUUAAAAAAAAUUCCCCGUACCGAUCAAAGAUGCAGUUGGCAUGGUACAGAGUACAUGGGCUCUGGAACCAGGCAACUGUCACUUUCUAGUUAGGAUUUUGUCUAGUUAAGCUCUCUGAGCUUUCAUUUCUUCAUCUGUAAAACAGUAACAAAAAUUUAUAAACCUCACCUCAAAGGGCUAUUAAAUGAGAGUAUAAAGUGCCUAAUAGAGUAUAAAGUACAUUAUGGGACCUCAAUUGACAACCAUGGAUGAAAUGAAGAUUUUAGAAUUUCCUACACACUCUGUACUGGGACUGACACCUAAUGAUGCCUCUAUGGCUUACUGCGGUCAGCUAGAAAGUGGUUUUGCCACCACUACAUGCCCCAGGUUGUCAGGAUCUUAUAUAUCAAUAAAAACACUACGACAUAAAUGAGAAACAAUGUGAAUAAGAACGUGUAUAGUAUACUACUAUUUAUGUAAAAAAGCUGUAUGUAUAUACCCACAUAUGUAUGUAUGUACAAAAUACAUAUUUGCUUGCAGUAUACAUAGAAUAUCCCUCAAAUAAGAAACUGGUAACAGUGUUGCCUUCUGAGAGGGUACCAGAUGGCUGGACUGGCGGGGGGAGGACUAGUGUUUCCCCUUGGGUUUUGUAAUUUUGCACUAAUACUAAUGUACUGUAUUUCCUAUUCUCUAAUUUAAAACCAAACGCUACCACUCUAUAUGUUACAAGUGAAGUAUAAAAUGUAGCCUUUCUAAA